CACGCACCAGAUGUCGUCAAUAGAUCCACGGCCAGGCAGCCAGGCAUUGAGUGUUUUAUUACUCAAAUAGUUUGUGUGUCAUGUCCUGUCCUGAAUAGUAGCGAGUCCACAUUGGAGGCAGACGUCACAGAGAGCUUACUGACACCAAUCGACACUGUUUUCCAGAGACCUUCAUCCAGAAUGACACAGCAAGAGAUCCACAACUAUAAGUGCACUCUUAGUCCAGAGCUCCUGGAGAAGGCCAAGAAGGAGCUGACUGAAGACCACGACACCCUCAAACAGGAAAUACAGACAAUCCGAGAAAGGAUUCUGCGAUGCCCAGGUUUGAAGCCCCGCGUGGAUGAUCGGUUUCUUAUCAAGUUUCUACGUGCACGCAAGUUUGACCAGGAGAGGACAUAUUCUCUUAUUAUCAAUUACUACACGAUGAAGAAAGAAAAUGAGGACAUCUAUACCAAUAUGACCCCAAAGUGUAUUAAACCACUCCUGGAUACUCAGUUAGUGACUGUGUUACCUAAACCAAGCAAGCUUGGGGAAACGGUCAUUGUCUUCAGGCCAGGGCGAUGGGAUCCUGAGAAAUAUCCUAUGGAAGACAUUUACAGAGCAUCCUUCCUCAUCAACAGUGCUGUAGUAGAGUCGGAGGAAGCACAGGUGAAUGGUGUACGUUACAUCAAUGACCUCUCAGACUUUGGAUGGGUACAUGCUAAAAAUUUCACUCCAACGUUCGCCAAAAAGUUCUCCACCAUGAUCCAGGACGCCUUCCCGAUGCGAGUGAAGGGUAUCCAUUACCUGCAUCAACCCAGCGUGUUUGAAUAUGUCUUUUCUAUGAUCAAGCCAUUCUUGAAGGAAAAGCUGAGAAAACGGCUACAUUUUCUUGGAGACAAAGUUGAAGGUCUGCAUGAGUAUAUUGACCCUGAGAACUUACCAGAAGAGUAUGCAGGAAAACUUCCAUCGCUAGAUUCACCGGAGUUUAUUGACAGACUGGUAGCACGUGAUCAGGAAUUUGAAGAUGAUGCCAAGUUUGGUUUUGUUUCCAUGACGAUACAACACCAAAGCAAGAAAAGUCAAGAUGCAAUGGAGAACUUACCCGGAACCUUCAAGAAACUGAAUGUAGAUUAACACUGGGAUAAUGUAGGAUGGUAAUAAGUACUUAUUGUUCUCAAAUGGCUACUUCUGAAAUAUGAAACAAAUGGUUUUCAUGUAGAUUUCUGCUACCUGGGGGUCCAAAUUAUGCUAUCUGGGGCUAACAGUAGAAAAGAACAAAGGCACUUUCUGAUGCUAGAGAACCUGAGAAGUUGGUACUUUGUAACCUAAUAAUGGCUAACUUGUAUAUAACAGUCAACUAACAUCAUGGUCUCCAUAUGUAUAUCUCCAUAGUUAUGUGCCUUAUCUCCGUCAGGAUCCGUGGAUCAUAGUUUCUUGGAUUUCUCCCGACAUGAUGUUUGGUCUGACCUCACCAGUAUGUGAGUUUCAGUAUCCAUGGAUGAGAGGAUUACAUCCAGGUUUCAUCCAAGUUGACAUACUGUGAUGAAGACGAACAAAUUCGAUGGAUAGACAACUUCUUGCACUAGAUGCAACAUAGAUGCUAACACUGUUAUUAAGCAACUGAAAUACUCCACUAAAACCCAGCACACUUCCCCGUAUGCAUUGUUGAGAUUAUGUAUAUCAAAGUGACCAAACUUAUGUCCAAAGUUGACAAUCCUGUCAAUGCAGCACUUGAUCAAACAUCAUUGGAUAUUUUACUUGGAUC